AGGUUCAAGAUUGGAGCCCAAUACCAGGCUUACAAUUUUCAAAAAUUCAAAACCCACCUCUAUCCGAUAAGCGAAGGAGUAGUUCGAGAAGAUGAGUUCUGUAUCGGUGGCGUCAAUGUUGUUCGCCGGCGGUUGCCGUAGCCUCGCCGUGCCGUUAGCAGCACGCGCACUUCGCAUUUCGCUUAACAGACACCUCACAUUACACGUCUCUGGUUGGUGUUGUCGGAGUUCACACAACACUACCGUCGCACUCGCCGCUGAAACUGUAUCCUCAACAACUGACGCCGGAAACUUAACCGCUACUUCUUCUUCCAAUAGCUACCCUAAGUAUGAUCGAUUGCUUCCAUGUCCAACACACAAAUCUCCACCAAGAAUUGAACACUUAGUUGUUUCAGAAGGAGGACCUGUGUUAGAAUACAUUUGCAAAGCUUUGGAUCUUCCUCAUUUGUUUGUUGCAGACCUGAUUCAUUUCGGAGCUGUGCAUUUCGCUCUUGUUUGUCCAAAGCCUCCUCCUACUGCUACUGCUCAGCAAAUUAGGGUUUUCAAACAAGUGACGGACCCGUUGGUUCUGCGAAAGAGAGCUUCUAUCAAAGGAAAAACUAUAAGAGAAGCGCAAAAAACUUUCCGUGUAACUGACGGGGAUCAAUUUGUUGAACCGGGAACUUAUUUGCGAGUGCACGUGCACCCCAAGCGUUUUCAUAGGUGCUAUGAGAUUGACUGGAGAUCAAGGAUUAUAGCUGUGAAGGAAUCAUAUGUAGUUUUGGAUAAACCUGCUGGCACUUCAGUAGGUGGGACUACUGACAACAUUGAAGAAAGUUGUGCAACCUUUGCAACUCGUGCCUUGGGAUUGACAACACCGUUGAUGACUACCCAUCAGAUUGACAACUGCACGGAAGGCUGUGUAGUAUUGGCUAGGAAUAAAGAGUAUUGCUCUGUCUUUCAUGGCAAAAUACGGGAGAAAAAAGUGAAAAAGCUCUAUCGUGCUCUUGCAGUUUCUCCUUUACCAAUUGGAAUCAUUAACCACUAUAUGCGUCCUAUUAACAUGGCUCCUCGACUUAUUUCUGAAGAUUUUAUGAAGGGAUGGCUUCUUUGUCAACUCGAGGUCAUGGAAUGCAGAAAGGUUCCUUGGCCAACUAGUGUUGUUCAAGAUGAAUAUUGUGUUGAAGACUGUGGGUUGCCAUCUCAAGAUUACGCAUACGAGUGUAAAAUCAACCUUCUUACUGGUCGAACUCAUCAGAUUCGAGCUCAAUUUGCUGCUUGUAAGGCACCUUUAAUUGGUGAUUCUAUGUAUAUGCCUGCUGCAAUUGCAGAGAUGAUUAAUCCCGGACUUAAUCCAUUUGGAAAGUACAAGAAAGAUUUCAUCAGUGAGAGUGAAAAAGAAGCUGAUGUUGCAAAUUGGAUUGCACAGCAUGGAAAAGAGCCAAGUGCUGCAAUUGGCCUUCAAGCUUGUCAGAUUUCUUGGGAUGAUGAUGAACACUUAUUCAGAGCUGGUUUGCCUUGGUGGAGGAGUUAAAAUGCUGGAAAUGUGCUUGAGUCAAGGACUUCGCACUAUUCUGAAGUCAUGUUUUAGUUUUGCCUCAGUUUUGUUAAGAGUGCAAAAUCUCUGUAAGAUGGUUAAGGAAUGCAGCAAGAUUGUACUGGAUUGAAAAGAGAAACCCAAAUAAAAAAGGGAAAAAGGAGGAGCUUAAUGGGGGAAUGGUGCAUGGCUGCAUGCUGUCACUUACCGGUGAGCCUUGAUCACCCUUUUCUGUUGUAAUUAACUUUAAAUAGGUAAGCCACACUAUAAUUUAUUCAGUACUCAAGACCUCUUUCUGAAAAUGUAUAUUUUACUUGGAUAUUGAAGAAUUGAGAAUUUUGUCACAAUACAAUGGAUUCCAAAGGCACACACUUAACAUUUAUCUCUAUUAUGAAAUUUGUUAUUAAUA